CCAGCUGUCCGCUUUCCAGCACCGUCUUCCUGCUGGGGUGGGGCUGUCAGUCCGUGGACAUUUCAGAGUAGCAUCUGAGAAGACACUCUUUGCAAUGCCAGAGACAGCGAUAGGGCUGUUUCCUGAUGUUGGUGGAGGAUACUUUUUGCCUCGGCUUCCUGGGAGGCUCGGCUUGUAUCUUGCACUUACUGGAUUCCGAUUAAAGGGAAGCGAUGUACAGAAGGCUGGAAUCGCAACCCACUUUGUUGAAUCAGAAAAACUUCCAUCCCUAGAACAAGAUCUUGUUGCUAUGAAGUGCCCUUCAAAGGAGAGUGUUGCCAAUGUGCUGGAUUCUUAUCAUAAAAAGAGUUAUGCUGCUCGGGACAAGCCAUUUGUACUUACAGAAAACUUGGACAAGAUAAACAGCUUAUUCUCUGGCAACAGUGUAGAAGAAAUAAUUGAAAAUCUGAAAUGUGACGGCUCUUCUUUUGCAUUGAAACAGCUCCAGAGAGGACAUGAUUUUUAUAAAGGUGUAAGGGCUGUUUUGAUUGACAAAGACCUGAAAGCCAAGUGGAAGCCUGAGUUAUUAGAAGAAGUGACAGAUGAGUAUAUAGAUGGCUGUUUCACAUCCCUUGGAAGUAGAGACCUCAAAUUUUCAUAAAUAAAAAAAAAAAUCUGAUUAUUUUGUACAAAGACAUCAUGUGGAAGGAGAUAUACACUAAAUAUAAAACCUUUUACAAACCUU